AAUAUUGAUUUUUCUGUCUAAGCCUUCUGAUUAUAACUACUGAUUUUAUUUUCUGUACAGUAUUUGAGACAGCGCACUUUUAUGAGCUAAUGAGCCUCAACUGUUUAUUACACUCACAAAUCAUUAACAAGCAGAGACGAGCAGUCACUGUUAGUAUUUGAACAGAAUCGAUCAAGCUGUUUCCUAGAUGACUGUGUAUAGUGCUGAAUCUGUUUGUGUUAUUGAUGUUAAAAGAGGAAAGGAUAAAUGAAAUAAUAUGCACAGAACAAAUCCAAAAUAGGCGUGGUGCUCACUUGGGUUCUCAUAAAAAGCACUUCAAAAGAGCAGAUGGCAUGACACAGAUCGAUAAACUUAGAUGAUGGCAGCAGUGAAAGCGUGCAAUAUCUUGAUCACCGGAGCCAACCGGGGUUUGGGCUUAGAAACUGUUAAACAACUUUUGGAGAACUCCUGCCAAAAACAUAUUUUUGCUACCUGUCGUGACCCAGACGGACCAAAGUCUGAGAUGUUGAUGAUCCAUGCAGCAUCAAAGAAUCUGCCAAGAAAGUGGGAUCUUUCCUGGGAAACAAUGGUUUGAACCUGCUUGUGAAUAAUGCUGCAAUCGUGGCAAGAGGCACACUUCAUAGCAGCUGUGUUGAAGACAUGAAAAACACCUUCAACACCAACGUGAUAAGACCCUUAUUAAUCAUUAGGGAGUACUUGCCAUAUUUCAAAACAGCGGCCAAAACCAGCGGGACAUCAGGCAUGUCCUGUAAUAAAGCAGCUGUCAUCAAUAUCUCGUCUAUUGCAGGAUCCAUGACCAGAAAGCCUCCCAACCACAUUCAAUCCCCAGUGUUGCCAUAUUUCAUGAGCAAGGCAGGUUUUAACAUGCUGACUGUGUUAGCUGCUGAGGAGUUAAAGGUGGAUGAGAUCCUCUGCAUGGCCCUUCAUCCAGGAUGGAUGAAAACUGAGCUGGGUGGAAAAAAAGUGUGA